GCAGCGGAGGCGGAGCGGAGCGAGGAGUCUGGAAGCCCAAGCCUGGCAGGCAGCCGCUCCGCCUCCCCAGCCCGCACUGCCCCGACGGCCGCGGCGAGGGCUCCUGCGGGCGCCCGAGGGGACACGCAUGGAGCCCGCGAGAAGGCUCUGAGCUCCGGGUCGCGGCGCCGCGGGCGGCACCAUGGCCCUGGAGCAGGCGCUGCAGGCGGCGCGGCAGGGCGAGCUGGACGUGUUGAGAUCGCUGCACGCCGCCGGUCUGCUGGGACCCUCGCUGCGGGACCCCCUGGACGCGCUGCCGGUGCACCACGCGGCCCGCGCCGGCAAGCUACACUGUCUGCGCUUCCUGGUGGAGGAGGCCGCCCUGCCCGCCGCGUCCCGAGCGCGCAACGGCGCCACACCAGCCCACGACGCCGCCGCCACCGGCCACCUGGCCUGUCUGCAGUGGCUGCUCUCACAGGGCGGCUGCCGAGUGCAGGACAGAGACAAUUCUGGUGCCACAGUUCUGCAUCUGGCUGCCCGCUUUGGCCACCCUGAGGUGGUAAGCUGGCUGCUGCGUCAUGGCGGUGGGGACCCCACCAUGGCCACAGACACGGGCGCCCUACCUGUCCACUAUGCUGCCGCCAAAGGAGACUUCCCCUCUCUGAGGCUGCUCGUCGGGAGCCACCCUGAGGGAGUGAAUGCCCAGACCAAGAACGGUGCCACGCCCCUCUACCUGGCGUGCCAGGAGGGCCACCUGGAGGUGACGCAGUACCUAGUACAGGAGUGCGGUGCGGACCCGCACGUGCGCGCCCACGACGGCAUGACCCCACUGCACGCGGCCGCGCAGAUGGGCCACAGCCCCGUCAUCGUGUGGCUGGUGAGCUGUACCGAUGUGAGCCUGUCGGAGCAGGACAAAGACGGCGCCACGGCCAUGCACUUCGCGGCGAGCCGCGGCCACGCUAAAGUGCUCAGCUGGCUCCUGCUGCAUGGUGGCGAGAUCUCGGCUGACCUGUGGGGCGGGACCCCGCUACAUGACGCCGCGGAGAACGGGGAGCUGGAGUGCUGCCAGAUCUUAGUGGUGAACGGCGCGGAGCUGGACGUCCGCGACCGGGACGGGUACACGGCCGCCGACCUGUCCGACUACAAUGGCCACAGCCACUGCACUCGCUACCUGCGCACUGUGGAGAACCUGAGUGUGGAGCACCGUGUGCUGUCGCGGGAUCCGUCCACCGAGCUGGAGGCCAAGCAGCCUGACUCGGGCAUGUCCUCGCCCAACACCACUGUGUCAGCGCAGCCGCAGAACUUCGACCUGGGCUCACCCGCCAGCACCCUCUCCAACUACGACUCCUGCUCCUCUGGCCAUUCAAGUAUCAAGGGUCGCCGUCCUCUGCUUGGACUGCCUGGUGCUGGAGCUGCCGACAUGCAGAGCUACAUGGACCUGCUGAACCCAGAGCUGGGCCUACCUCGGGGCAAGAUGGGGAAACCUCCACCUCCACCCCCUCCCCCGAGCUUUCCUCCACCACCGCCGCCUCCGGGCACACAGCUGCUCCCGCCCCCACCACCGGGCUACCCGGCACCCAAGCCUCCAGUGGGGCUCCAUGCGGCUAACAUCUACAUGCAGACCAAGAGCAAGCUGCGCCAUGUGGGGCCCGAGAGCCUCAAGGAGCCCAGCUCCCGCGACGGCCUAAACGGACUGCGGAGGCAGGACUCCGGCCGCAAACCUCGCGCCUUCAGCAAGCAGCCCAGCACGGGGGACUACUACCGCCAGCUGGGCCGCUGCCCCGGGGAGCCGCCGGUCGCACGCCCGGGCAUGGCGCACAGCGACGAGGCCGCGUUGCUGCCCGGCGACCACGUGCACAACGGCUGCGCUGCGGACCCCAAGGCUUCGCGGGAGCUCCCGCCGCCCCCGCCGCCGCCGCCGCCCCUGCCCGAGGCCCUGAGCUCGCCGCCGCCUGCCCCGCCGCUGCCCUUUGAGGGCGCGGGCCCGGGCUGCGGGCAGCGCCGCUCCUCCUCGUCCACAGGCAAAGUGAGAGUCCUGAGACACAGGAAGAGCACCAAGUCUUUCAACAUGAUGUCCCCGACGGGCGACAACUCGGAGCUCCUGGCCGAGAUCAAGGCGGGCAAGAGCCUGAAGCCGACGCCACAAAGCAAGGGGCUGACCACGGUGUUCUCAGGCAGCGGGCAGCCGGGCUUUCAGACUGACUCGCCACCACCCGUGUCGCCUGCGCCAUCACCGGCUCGGAGUCCCACCCCACCAGCCACGGGGCCGCAGCCACUGCUGAACGGGAGCAUGGUGCCCGCACCGCCGGCCACGCCUGCCCCGGGUGUGCAGCUGGACGUGGAGACCAUCAUCCCCACGCACGAUGAGCAGGGCCGGCCCAUCCCUGAGUGGAAGCGCCAGGUGAUGGUACGCAAGCUGCAGCAGAAGAUGCAGGAGGAGGAGGAGCAGAGGCGGAAGCUGACGGCCGCUAGCUCGUGCUGCUACCCGCCCGAGGGCUGGAGGUACUCCCGAGAGCACAACGGCAUCCUCGGGCCCUUCGGCGAGCUCAUGACCGAGGCCGACAUCCUGCGCAUCGAGCAGCAAAUCGACAACCUGCAGGAAGAGGAGGAAGAGGCGCGGCUGGCCAGCCUGCCUGCCUGGAGGCGGGAACUCCUACGGAAGAAGCUGGAAGAGGAAAGGGAGCAGAAGCGAAAAGAGGAAGAGCGACAGAAGCAAGAGGAGAUCCGGCGGGAGCGCGAGCAGUCCGAGAAGCUGCGGACGCUGGGCUACGACGAGACCAAGCUAGCGCCCUGGCAGCGACAGGUCAUCCUCAAAAGGGGCGACAUCGCUAAGUAGCAGCGGUCGCGGCCUCCCGCUCGCAGCCUCGCGCGCUCAGGGGUCGGGGACCCUCCUCUACCCCCGCCAGUCCCCAGCCCCGGCCCUGGCCCGGUCUGCAGGGCCAGGGCGGAAGGGCAGGGCGUCGCGCGGCCCCCACCUUCCGCGCCGGAACCCCUCCCCGGCCCCAUCUUGCCUCCCGCAUCCCCGGCCCCGCUCCCGCUGCUGACGCAGAGCGCUGCUGCGCGCUCGCCUGCCGCCUCAAGCACAUUUGCAUGUCGGGGGGCCGCCGUCGGGGUGCGCCGCGCUCCCCCCGCCCCGGCCCCAUGGGCGGCGACUCCUGGUGCGGCCGCUUGCGCCCGGGAGCCCGCGGCGCUGGCGCAUCCUGGGCGGAGGCAGCCCCGGAGCUCGGGCAAGGGGCUUUCCUGCGUCCCUGACCCAGAUCUGCGCCGGCCCUGUCGCCGCCCAGGGUUUCCUCCCAGUCAUUUGUUUACCAGAAAAAGAUGAAAGCCGCCCCGUCGCGGGGCCGCCCCUGCGCCCCGACCCCGCUCCGCCGAAGUCUGUGCCGCGGCCCCAGCCAGGCCCCCUCGCUCGCUCAGAGCCCUUUUGCUACCCUGGUGGAGCAAGUGGAGGGUCGGGGGGCCUGCCGCCAGUGCCGCCCCGCCGCACCUCGCUCCCCACCCCCAUUAAAGCUCGCUCAGUCGCCUGGU